GUUACGCGCGCGCAGCCCUUGACACCGGAAUACACAAAACAUCACUUUUGACCGUCAGUAUGGAAAUCUUCCUGGAGACUGUAAAGGUACUGACGUCUUCCUUUAGCAAAUAUGCAGCGUCUAUGGUGGCUUCCGCCACCGCACGUAACCAUCUAGCCCAUCGCAUGGUGUUGUCAAUAGGAAGAGCUAGGCAUAACGCCGCAGUGCGGAGGAAGUUAUCAGGGAAGUUCUUUAAUUUCGAACGAUAUCGCGAAAAUGCGGACACCAAAGUGGAGGUUAUUGUAAAACCAAUAGAAGACGAUGCUGCGAUUAAUCUCGGAGCCGAUUUGAUAGCGGAUAUACUACUCAUGUCGCUCAUGUUUAUAUACAUGUUCUAUUCUCUGCAUCUCAGGAGGAAGAAAUUCCGAGACCUAUGUAACACACAGAAGGAACACGAGCAGUUUAUACUGGCUCGACUUGCGUUUUUGGAAGGGGAGCUCCACAAGCUGCAGCAACCCAGUACUCCCGUCCAGUAGA